GCACUAAGCUCAACCGUUACACAUGUUUCUAAAAAUAUUUCCCGUGUAGAAAGGAAAUUAUUCAGAUCUGAGUAAUUUUCAUGGAUCGACAUUCAAGGAAAAAAACUGUCCAUUCAAAUGGAAAGGAAAUCUCUUCGCCUGUUAAAAAGUCUGAGAAGAGCAAUGCGGCGAAGGCUGCAGCACAGCGCCUUGCGCAUGUCAUGGCUUCGCAAUCUCCGUCAAGGAACGGUGACGGAAGGCAUAUUUUGCCGUCUCGUAGCGCUUCGCCCUCUGCAAAUAAAGGUUAUGUGAAAUCUACUGCAAAUACCCAAGCCAGGAUUGCCAGAUCUCUGUCUCCUGCGGUCAGAAAAAACAUGAAUGGGCACACAUCAACUCCAUCUACAUCAACAGUCCGUAUGUAUACAAGCCCUCAACAAAGUCCUAAAGCAAUAACUAAUGGAGCAAGUGAGAAGCAGAUACCUCCAAGUCCUAGAGCACAAUCCAAUGCAGCAAGUGUGAAGCAGAUAACUCCAAGUCCUAGAGCACAGUCUCCAAAUCCUAGACAACAAUCCAGUGCAGCAAGUGUGAAGCAUAUAUCUCCAAGUCCUAGAGCACAGUCUCCAAGUCCUAGAGCACAAUCCAGUACAGCAAGUGUGAAGCAGAUACCUCCAAGUCCGAGAGCACAGUCUCCAAGUCCUAGAGCACAAUCGAAUGCCGAAAGUUUGAAGCAGAUACCUCCAAGUCCUGGAGCACUGUCUCCAAGUUCUAGAGCACAAUCUAUUGCAGCAAGUCUGAAGCAAAGACCUCCAAAGCCUCCUCUACAAGCUAUUGAUGAUGUUCAAAAUGAAAAAAGAUAUUCAGCACAUUUUCGACAUGUGAAAUUUCGAGAAAGUGACAAACUACGGGAGGUUUCCACCCUUCAUGAUGAGGUUGAUCUCCUGAAAGAGGAGAAGGAAAAGCUUCUUUACAAGAUUCAACUUGCUGAACAGAAAUUCAAAGAACAAGAAGUCAGAGCAAGAGAGUGUGAAAAACAGGUUGCUUUGUUUGGAGAAAGUCUAUCUUUAGAUGCUGAUUUGCUCAGCAAAAAGGAGAAAGCAUUGCAACAAAGAGAGGAUGCUCUUAAAGCCGAGAAACGAGCAAUAAAUGAUAAAGAUGAUAGAAUAACAGUGCUUCGUUUGAAAGUGGAGACUGUAAAAGGUGAAGCAUUAGAAAGUGUUCAACAAGCACAAGAAGUAGAAGCAGAGGCGAAUCUAUUAUGGCUUAUGAUGCAAAGAAUGAUUUUAACACAAGAAGAGAUGGAAGAAGUGGUUCUCAAGAGGUGCUGGCUUGCUCGUUACUGGGGUCUAGCUUUUCACCAUGGAAUUUAUUCUGAGAUAGCUGGUGAAAGGCAUGAAUAUUGGUCAUCUCUAGCUCCUCUUCCACUCGAGGUAGUUAUGUCAGCUGGAUUCAAAGUUAAGGAAGAGCAUGUGAAUGGAAUCAAUACUUUAGAAGAUGCAGGAAACAACAGGGUCAAGGAAAAGGGUAGAGUUGCUUGUACUCCAAGUGAUCUAAAUGGAGAUCGAAAUAUUGAGAAUAUGCUUUUUGUCGAGAAAGGAUUAAAUGAACUAGCUUCUUUAAAGGUUGAAGAUGCUAUUGGUACUGCAAUUGCCCAACAUCGACAAUUAAAUCAUGUUCGUGUGGAUGAAUUGUUCCGAGAUACAAAGCCUCUUGCAAGUACUCCAAAGUUUGAGGAGUGUCGUGAUCUUACCCAGGAAGAGGUUGAAGACAUACAAUUCAAACAGGCAUGGCUGAUAUAUUUUUGGCGAAGAGCCAAAACUCACAAAGUGGUAGAUAUUGCUGGUGAAAGGCUUCAAUACUGGAUUAGUCGGAAUAAUCAGUCGCCAACAUCUCGCGAUGUAGUUGAUGUUCAGAGAGGACUGAUGGAACUACGGAAGCUAGGCAUUGAGGACCGGUUAUGGGAGGCUUCACGCAAUGAAAUCCCCUAAGAAUUCAGGAAUUCAAAUGUUGAUGAUCAUUUCAAGCUGCAAAUGGCCUAACCUAAGUUUGGCUUAUAAAUAAAUGCAUUCUUGAACUAGAUUUUCUUUUAUCGGUCUCCACAGUUCAAACUUAAUUCAUUUGCUUUGUUUUUUUAUUGUAAGAAACAACCUUAGAUUUUUCAAAACGCGGACUCUGUCAGGUGACUCAUGGUACAACCCACAUUUUUUUGUGAAUGAAAACAAACAAACUUAUUAUGUACAA